CUGUUACGCUAGAUGACGUCGCUGAGGCGCAGUAAUGGCGCUCAUGCGAAAAUCAGUCACCUGAGUGAGAGAGGGAGAGUUCAGGAGGAGGGAGAGCUUUUCUCCCCAUUUUAAAUCACACUUUUCCCAUCCGAUGUAUUUGAGGUUUAUUUCCCGUCUUUUUUCAGCGAUGGCUGGACCGAGGCCGGUGGUCAUUAGUGGACCCUCUGGGGCUGGGAAAAGCACACUGCUCAAAAAACUGCUCAAGGAGUUUGAUGGUGUAUUUGGCUUCAGUGUUUCCCAUACGACACGAAGCCCCCGUCCAGGAGAGGAGAAUGGUAGAGAUUACCAUUACGUGACCAAGGAAGAUAUGCAAGCAGCCAUAGCAAAUGGGGAAUUCAUUGAAAAUGCUGAAUUUUCUGGGAACAUAUAUGGAACGAGUAAAGCAGCUGUACAGGCCGUACAGGCCAAGAAUUUGAUUUGUAUUUUGGACAUUGACAUGCAGGGCGUGCAGAACAUCAAGAGAACAGAUCUUAACCCAAUCUAUGUGUCCAUUCAGCCUCCAUCAAUGGACAUCCUGGAAAAAAGAUUAAGAGACAGAAAAACUGAGUCUGAUGAGAGUCUACAAAAGCGUUUACAUGCAGCAAAAGUUGACAUGGAAAUAAGCAAAGAGCCGGGUUUAUUUGAUUUGGUCAUCAUUAAUGAUGAUCUUGAUGUGGCUUACGGCAAAUUAAAAGAUGCUCUUCUUGAGGAAAUCCAUAAGGUCAAUGAUAUGCCAACACGGCCUAGAUGAAAACCUACAUGCUAACCACAGCAACCUCUCCAUUCACGCCAUUAUCAUAGAUUUCAGAUCCGCACAUUCCAUCCAGGGAAGAUUUAAUGAACACCAACAGCAGCAGAAUGUUAAAUGCAUUCACUUAUUUAAAGGUAUAGAUUAAUGUUAAAUUCCAUGUUGAAUAGAAAAUAGCUGAAAUUACCAUUUAUUAGAAGAACAUGUGUGCUAUUAACAAGAGGUCAAAAACACAUGGCUUUAUUUAAAACACGUAAGACUUUGUCUUUGAAACAGGUUUGUGUUUUGACAUUUUUUUAUUGAAGGACGAGACAAUGCACAGAUCAAAUUGCAGACUUGAGUUGUCUAUUAUUUUGAUGAAUUUAUUUUAUACGUUUAUCCACGCUGAUGAUGUUUCUGGUAACCUGUCAAAGUUACUGCUGCAUACACAUGAAUAAGAAGUUUUCUAUAGACAAUAUUUACCAAAUUCAAAGCUAACAUCUGCACAAAUGGAUGAUGUGUUAUACCUGUGCUUAUAAAAGGUUGCAAAGGUUGUUAUUGUUCUUAACUAAUAACUCGUGCUUUAUUAAUGGUUGUGUCCCUUUUUCUUUGCAUAAUUAUAUUGCACAUGCAUAUUACAUCCAACUUUGUUCAUAUUUAAGUGAAUUAUUGUCCAUAAUUAUAACAUGUACCUUGUUUACCAGCUCUGAGAGUUUUAAAAAGGAUUCAAUGCUAAUGCAGGCAUUGUUUUUUGUAUAGGGCAUCUUAUAAACACAGCCAUAAGUCUUGUAGCACCAUAGGAAGUCUUAAGAAACCGUAUGUUGAGAUGUGUGCUGUUAUGUAGAUAUGGAAAGCUUUUAGUCUCAUAUGGCCGAUGCUGGCUUGUUUUAUAGAUUUUCAGAUGCAUCAAGUCUUUCUAAUGAGUAUAAUGUCUGAAUUAAAUGUGUACUUAAAAUAGUUUGGUAACCAAAAUAUACAACCUGCUAAAAACUGUUUGUAUAAAGUGGAUCCCACUGGUGCAGGUCACAUUUCAGCCCGAAAUCAAGUGAAAGGGUGAAGAAAUUAUAUUUGGAAAAUUCAUUGUCCUAAACAAAUAGACUUUAUUUUCUUUUAACAAAAUAUAAUUGGGUUUUAGUUUGAAUUGGGGUCAAAUAUGAUGCAUACAUGUUCUUCAUUUCUUUAUUAUUAUUAAUUUAUUUUAUUCUUUGUGUCCUUGUGAAUCAGUUACACACUUCUGUUUAAUACAAAACUACAUUUAUUAAAAUAAAAGUGCCUGAUGCUGAAAAACAGACCUAGUUGUAGGUCAUAAAAGAUCUUUAAUUUGUUCAAAUAGGCAUCAAUGAUCAAAUCACUGUAUCUUUUGCCAUAUAUGGCAAAAUCACACUGUCCACCUAAUAUAUUAAUGUAUGGAUUGACUUUUAAAAUGUGUUUUUGUAUCUAGCUAGCAUAUAAACAGUGGUUGAAGUUGAGCAGGAGUGAGGUUGCCAUCUCCCUAAAGUUUUAGUUUCUCUCAAACCUUGAAGUACUGUAUACAUAACCCAUCAGUUGCAUUACAAUUUCUUCAGGGAGAAUAAUGAUGAUGUAAUAUGUCAAUUUUGAUGUAUAGACAAAAAUUAAUCAUGGGCAAGAUUAUCAAACUGGAAUAAAGGUUUUCAUAAAAUGGCACAAUGGAAGUAAAACCAAUUACCUGAAGAUAGCUGUUUUUGAAUUCCAUAAUGAUCGUGUAUGUGUUGUCAAUCAAAUUCUAAUGUAAUUAUUGCACAUUAUACAACAAGUGUGCAUUUAGUUACAGCUAAAAAUGUCUAGUUUUGUGUUUGUAGACUUGAGAGUAAGACUUUUAGGGUUUGUUACUUCUGUAGAAAACUGCAGAACUUUAUCUCAGUUUCAUCUCAUUCCUUUGUGCAUCUACAAACAAUUCCUAAAGUUGUGUUCGAGAGAAACCUGUCAAACAUUUUGUGGUGUUUAUGAAAUCUGUUUGAGAAAUGCAUUUUUAAACGGCUUUGCUCUGUUUUACUUUUUUAUUCUAAAACUGCUAACAUGUACCGUAAGUGUAAUAAAACUCCACCAUAACAUUG